AGUACCCGCCAGCUUGUCUCUGCUCUGCAAAUUGCAGAGCUUGAGAAAGAAAACGAUGAUGAGUUCGUGGGAUCAUUGGGUCGAAGAGGCUCUUCAGCAACUCGAGCAUCUGCAGCUCCUCAUGACCAUGAUACCCAUUUACCUCCAUCACGGAGCAACCCAGGAAGCCCAGAAGAAACCCAUAGAAGAUGAACUCGACGUGUUCGAUGAAAUGCAGCCGUGGGACCGGUCCUCUGUGGAGGUUCACAUUUCUGAACCAAAGUUCAUAGAACGGCCCCGUGGCAUUCCCGUUUUGGGAGACGAGGAAGGAACCAAGAAGUUCAAAAGGCUGCUAUUAUUCUCUGGAAAUGACUAUUUGGGUUUGGGUUCACAUCCUACCAUAGGAAAAGCUGCUUCUAAGGCUGCUUUAGAACAUGGAAUGGGCCCCAGGGGUUCUGCUUUAAUCUGUGGAUAUACCGAUUACCAUAGACGACUAGAGUCAGGCCUGGCAGACUUAAAGAAUAAGGAGGAUUGUCUCCUUUGUCCCACGGGAUUUGCAGCCAACGUGGCCUUGAUGGUAGCUUUGGGAAGUGUUGGCUCCCUCUCGGCUGCUGGCAAAACACCUUUAACUCAUGAAAAGGUUGCCAUUUUUUCUGACGCACUGAACCAUGCGUCGAUAAUCGAUGGAAUUCGUCUUGCCCAACGACAAAAAUCUGUAGAGAUUUUUAUCUAUAGACAUUGUGACAUGACUCACCUUAAUGAGUUAUUAUCAAGUUGCACAAUUAGGAAGAAAGCUGUCGUGACUGAUAGCUUGUUUAGUAUGGAUGGAGACUUUGCACCAAUGAUUGAGCUGGUGAAGCUACGCAAGGAGCAUAACUUUCUAUUAGUAAUUGAUGAUGCUCAUGGAACAUUCGUUUGUGGGAAAAAUGGUGGCGGAGUGGCUGAGGAAUACCAUUGCGAAAAAGAUGUUGACAUAUGUGUUGGCACCUUGAGUAAAGCUGCAGGUUGCCAUGGCGGAUUCAUUGCUUGCAGCAAAAACUGGAAGCAACUCAUACAAUCAAGAGGUCGCUCUUUUAUGUUUUCAACUGCUAUGCCAGUACCAAUUGCUGCUGCUGCCCAUGCUGCUCUAAUUGUGGCAAGGAAGGAAACAUGGCGUAGAAGGGCAAUUUGGAAUCGGGUGCAAGACUUUCGUGCUCUCACCGGAAUCCCAAUAAACAGUCACAUAAUAUCUCUCAUCGUAGGCAGCGAAGAGAAGGCUGAACAAGCCACCGAGAGUUUGUUGAAAUCUGGUUUCCAUGUAAUUGGUAUCGCACCCCCAGUAGUGCCACCCAACUCAUGCAGGCUACGAGUGACACUGAGCGCAACGCAUACAAGAGACGACAUUGAGAAGAUCACUGUUGCACUCUCUCGUUGUGUCAAUUUCCAAGAAAUUCGCAUCAAUGGCUCAAAUGGUUAUGCAAGGCUUUAGAAUUUGAUUGGUUUGAAUAC